AUGUCUCCUCCAGCUGCCACAGACAAGAAGCAGUCGGGUACUGCCCGUGUUUUAGGAUCGGCGUCUGCCGGAAUUUGCGAAAUUGCCGUUUUCCACCCUGUGGAUACCAUAUCCAAGAGAUUGAUGUCGAAUCAUGGAAAAAUCGCAUCUGCCGCUCAGCUUAAUUCUGUCAUUUUUCGGGAACAUGCUCUGAAGGCUUUGGUUUCCAGACUUUUCACCUUGUUCCCUGGCCUUGGUUAUGCUGCCUGCUACAAAAUUUUGCAAAGAGUUUACAAAUACGGAGGUCAACCGUUCGCAAAUGAGUUUUUGACCGCCAACUUCAAAGACACUUAUGAGUCAUGGUUCGGUCCUAAGACCGGAAAGGCUUUGUUGUCUGCCACCGCGGGUUCGUUGAUUGGAAUUGGUGAGGUUGUGUUGUUGCCAUUGGAUGUUUUGAAAAUUAAGCGUCAAACAAACCCAGAGUCUUUCCGUGGUCGUGGGUUCUUGAAAAUUUUGGCAGACGAAGGUUUCGGUCUUUACCGAGGCUGGGGAUGGACCGCAGCCAGAAACGCUCCUGGUUCGUUUGCCCUUUUCGGUGGUAAUUCGUUUGCCAAGGAAUACAUCUUUGGCUUGAAAGACUACUCUUCUGCCACCUGGACCCAAAAUUUUGUGACAUCAAUUGUGGGUGCCUCGGCGUCGUUGAUCGUGUCUGCGCCGCUUGAUGUGAUCAAGACCCGGAUCCAGAACAAAAACUUUGACAAUCCAGAAUCUGGACUUACCAUUUUGAGAAACAUGGCCAAGAACGAAGGUUUUACAUCGUUCUUCAAAGGGUUGACUCCAAAGUUGUUGACUACAGGUCCUAAAUUGGUUUUCUCGUUUGCGUUGGCACAGUCGUUGAUUCCCGCCUUCGACAAGUUGAUGGGUUAA